GGGUAAUGCGACUUCCGGUCAGGACGACGACUCAGAUUAAGUUAUUGCUUUGUGCGGUUGAAAUUUGUUCGUCAUUCUGCUGGUUCCUGGAAAAGUUAGGCUUACAUCUGUCGGUCACGAACGCGUAAGUACUUUCACGAGAACGCCGCCCGAAAUAUCUCAGGGCUAUGCGUAUAUUCUGUCAAACGCGACACGGUCUGGCAGACGAGUAGUAGGUGUCUGUGACAUUCCCAGACAUCUGGCAUUUAAAGACCACAGCUGACGUAGUCCUUGUUCCUCUGGGAUGUCAAAUUCUACGGAUCGACACUACAUGACCGACAGCAGCGAUACAGAGACCGAUUGCAAGGAAACCGAUGGCCAUGGGCGACAGAGGGUUUAUAAGAACAGGUUGAGUUGUGGUGGCUCGUCCAAGCCAAAAUCUUGUCUGGUACAGAAGGACGGAAGCAACAAGCGGCAUUGCCAUUCCUUCGAUUCGGGCAGAUGCGGAGUGAAUCAGGCCCUGCGAACAAACAGACUACGAUCCGGACUGCGAGUCCACCAGAACCAGCAGACGACGACCCGAGAAAGCAUGCCGCCAUCCGGCUCCACUGCCAGUGUGAACAAUCAGCAGGCCAGUGACGAGAGAAUCACGCUGAUUGUUGACAAUACCAGAUUCAUCAUGGACCCAGGACUGUUCACCGCUCAUCCGAACACGAUGCUGGGUCGCAUGUUCAGCUCCAGCAUCGAAUUCGCUCAGCCAAACGAAAGAGGAGAAUACGAGGUCGCCGAUGGAAUAUCGGCGAUGGUGUUCCGGGCGAUUCUGGAAUAUUACAGAGGUGGAGUGAUUCGUUGUCCUCCUACGGUGACGGUCCAGGAGCUACGAGAAGCCUGCGACUACUUGCUGGUGCCGUUCGAUGCCAGCACCGUCAAGUGCCAAAACUUGAGGGGAUUACUACAUGAAUUGUCUAAUGAAGGAGCCCGCUGCCAGUUCGAGGUGUUCCUCGAGGAUUUGAUUCUGCCUUUAAUGGUGAACAGUGCUCGCCGAGGAGACAGGGAGUGCCAUAUCGUGGUUCUGCUGGAGGAUGACAUCGUCGACUGGGAUGAGGAGUACCCUCCGCAGAUGGGGGAGGAAUACUCCCAGACGGUAAACAGCACCGCGAUGUACCGGUUCUUCAAGUACAUCGAGAACCGGGACGUGGCCAAGCAGGUGAUGAAGGAGCGAGGCCUGAAGAAGAUCCGGCUGGGGAUCGAGGGCUACCCGACUUACAAGGAGAAGGUGAAGAAGAGGGCGGGGGGCCGAUCGGAGGUCAUCUACAACUACGUGCAGCGGCCCUUCAUCCACAUGUCCUGGGAGAAGGAGGAGGCGAAGAGUCGCCACGUAGACUUCCAGUGCGUCAAGUCGAAGUCGGUGACGAACCUGGCCGAGGCGACCGCCGACCCGGUGCUGGACGCUCUCGGGAACCCGGUUAACGCCAUGGCGCUCGUGGAGGCCGCGGAAGACGUGCCCCAGCCGGAGGUCUCCGCUCUGCCCCCGGGUCUCGGCGCAGCAGGAGUCGAGGCCGAAGGUGCGGCCGGUCCGGCCUCGAACUCCACGGAACUCGCCUCUUCGCCUCCCGAGGAGCUCCAAUGAGCAACCCGGUCCUCCCUCUUCGCGCGAGGGACGUCCCUCGUUCUCGUCGAGGCGCUACCCGUGGAUGCCGACCGGCCGAGUUCUUUCCUUCAGCUAAGCACCGCACCCAGACACACCUGGGGACGUCGUCGUGCUCGAACCGCCAGCCUUAAAACCCAAGGAUCGCUCCUCGCCCCUCGCCCCCAACCGCGGGAAGUUCCAGACGAACGAGCUCGAGCGAUUCCCCCAACGGGGCGAUCCCUAGAUGAGGAAAUGCGCUAACUUUCCCCAGGAGUCAUUUCGAAGUACCUCAGAGAUUCGCCCGACCCCGGCGGACAAGACCUCGCGUCGUCGCGCGAAUAGCACGUAGGUGCGCGCGAUAAGAGCGGAUUACUCGGCCCUGCCUAAAAUGUGAUUCCCAUGAAAUGCUUUACCGUUUUAUACCGUCAAUAAAAACGUCGAUUAAGGAUUUUCUGCAAA